AUGACCUUCGAGGCUGACGUCAGCGAGGACCACCCUGCCCUUCAGUGGCCAGACGCGACCUUGGGCCUGUGGGAGGCCUCCUGCCGGUUGGCCCGCCGCGCUGCCCUUGCGAAACCCGAAACGGGCGGGGCCCGCGGAGGCGGGCGGGGCGGGGCCUCGGGGCCGGGGGGCGGGGCCCGGGCGGGCGCACGUGCGCAGGCGCGGUCCUGGAGUUGGCGGCGUGCCCGGAGGUGCGCGCGCGUGGGCGGGGGGCGGGGCCUCGGGCCUCGGGGGCGGGUCCCACGCGGGCGCGCGGGCGCGGGCGCGGGCCUGGGGUUGGCGGCGUGCCGGGAGGUGCGCGCGCGUGGGCGGCGGGCGGGGCCUCCGGCCCAGGGGGCGGGGCCCAGGCGGGCGCGCGUGCGCAGGCGCGUGCGGGCGGCGGCCGCGUGCCGGGGCGCGCGCGGGCGGCGGGCGGCGGGCGGGGCGCCCCGCGGGUGGUGA